CAAUAUGUCUAAAAAUUGGCAGGCGUACGUCCGUCUGAGUGGGCAGGCCAUGGAUUGGAUCAUCAGACACCUUAUCUACGAAUGAAAUCAUCCAUCAUUUCUUCAUGUCUCUAUAUAUAGAGCACCCCCUAGUUUCCUUACACAUACAUAUUUACGAGGUUGUUGCAGAUUCAGGACAAUGGCGAAAGAAGCUCAGCAGAGCAAGCUGCAAAGAUGGAGUCUCCAGGGAACCACAGCUCUCGUCACCGGCGGCACCAAAGGCAUAGGAUUCGCCAUAGUAGAAGAGCUUGCGGUAUUCGGCGCGACGGUGUACACGUGCUCGCGGAACGCGGCGGAGCUCAGCGAACGACUCAAGGAAUGGGAAGAGAAAGGAUUUAAGGUUAAAGGUUCGGCCUGCGACUUGUCCUCUAGAGAACAGAGGGAAGACCUAAUCCGCCGUGUCUCCAUAGCCUUCGAUGGAAAGCUUAACAUCCUCGUGAACAAUGCUGGAAUAAGUAUAUUGAGACAGGCGUGCGAUUACACGGUGAAAGAGUAUUCGCAGAUAAUGGAGACGAACUUGGAGGCGCCGUAUCAUAUCUGCCAGCUUGCUUAUCCUUUGCUCAAAGCGUCUGAAACCGCGAAUAUUGUCUUCAUAUCUUCUAUUGCUGGUGGAAUUGCUCUGCCUGCUCUUUCUGCUUAUGCUGCUUCUAAAGGAGCAAUCAACCAGCUAACAAAGAAUUUGGCAUGUGAAUGGGCAAAGGACAAUAUUCGCGUAAAUACGGUGGCUCCAGCUGGCGUUAGAACAACCUUAGUGAAGCCUGUACAUGAGGAUAUCGAUCCGGCAAUUAUGGAAAUGUUUGCUCCACUAAUGACGCGUAAUCCGUUGGGGCGAAUAGCUGAGCCAGAGGAGAUUUCAUCGAUGGUUGCGUUUAUUUGCAUGCCGGCGGCUUCUUAUGUAACAGGGCAGGUUAUUUAUGUGGAUGGAGGAUUUACAGCAGGGGGGCUCUAGCAGGAAGGAAGUAUUGAUUAGUACUUAAUGAAAUGUUUGAUCCAAAAUUGUUGUCUCCUUAUUGCAUUUUGGUGAUGUUCAUGUUUUGAUUGAGUAACUGAUGCCAAUUGGGAGCAUUGAAAAGAUGAAUCCUUAAUCCAUACAUAGGAUAGUAACAAGAUUGAUGUCUGGCUGUAGGAGACAAAACAUAUCUUUCCAUGGAUUAAGAAAAUGCCCAGUUGCUGCCAUGCAUGCAGCCAUGCAAUAUAUCUCAUAUAGUACUCUUCUUGUUAGCUUUCGGAGUUU